AUGAGCGUCGAUGCGCUGGGAAGCCCCGCGAUGGACCCUGCCUUCUCCAAACGGAACGCGGCGCUGAGAUUAGUUGACUUGGCGGGGGCUCACCACCACCUCCACCAUCAUCAUCAUCAUCACCGCCACCCUGCCCCUCUGAGCGUGACAGGCUUCCCGGGGUUCGGCAGCCAUCCGCACUCAAUGGCUCACGCGCACCCCGGGGAGAUGACUGCGGAACCCCGCCUGGGGCCGAGUCCAUUCGGGCCAGAACACAUGGGGCACUCGGCGGCCCUCAAAAUCAGCCCAGCCCAUCAUUAUCCCCACCAUCACCAGCAGCACCAGCCUCCGCACAAUCAGCACAUGGCAGGCCACAGUGAAGUGGUCUCCAGUCAGACGGGAGCUUUCGGGGCUACGCCGGUGCCCUACUCGGGUAUGACGCACCCGGCCCAGGCUCUGACCGCAGGUAGGGACUUCCUCCGCGCUAUGCCGGUUCCGGUUCUGGCGGACCACCACCACCACAACGCCAACGCUUCUCACCACGGAAUGCUUGUCUCGACAACAGGUAGCUAUCCGGCGCAUUACGGCCACGACGCCGGCAACCAUGCGCUCUUUCCCGGGCUCCACCAAGAGCAAGCACCGGCCAGCCAAAUCCGCUUGGGACUAUCGGGGGACAUGUACGUUCGCUCCGAGCAUUUGGCGGCGAGCACCCGAGCCGACGCCUUCUACGGAGGGCUCAAUCUCAACCUGGGCGCGCACCCCCACCACCACCACGCGCACCACGGAAGCGGCGCCUUCUUUCGCUAUAUGCGGCAGCCCAUCAAGCAGGAGCUCAUCUGCAAGUGGCUGGAGCCGGGAGAGAAGCGCUGCGCCCGGACCUACAGCACUAUGCACGAGCUGGUCACGCACGUCACCGUGGAGCACGUCGGCGGGCCCGAGCAGGCCAAUCACAUCUGCUUCUGGGAAGAGUGUCCGCGCGAGGGCAAACCCUUCAAGGCCAAGUACAAGCUAGUCAAUCACAUCCGCGUGCACACGGGGGAGAAACCCUUCCCGUGCCCUUUCCCUGGUUGCGGCAAAGUUUUCGCGCGAUCGGAAAACCUCAAAAUCCACAAACGGACGCACACAGGUGAGAAGCCGUUCAAGUGCGAGUUCUCCGGUUGCGACCGUCGCUUUGCCAACAGCAGCGACCGGAAGAAGCAUUCGCACGUGCACACGUCGGACAAGCCGUACAACUGCAAAGUGCGCGGCUGUGACAAGUCCUACACGCAUCCGAGCUCGUUGCGGAAACACAUGAAGGUGCAUUGCAAGUCUCCCCCGCCCAGCUCCGGCUACGAGUCGUCUACGCCGUCCCUGGUGUCGCCCUCGUCGGAUCCGGGCCGCGAGGCUCUACCGCCGGGAGGGGCCUCUUCAUCCUCUUCCAACGCCGCCCCCUCUGCCGCCUCGCACUCGGCCAACCUAAGUGAGUGGUACGUCUGUCACAGCUCUGGUGCCAGCGGGGCCCACAGUGGGGCCUCCACGCCGGACUCAGCAACCGAGGACGAGCCCCCGUAUAGGAACCGUGACCUGAGGGACAACUUUUAG